AGCUGGGCAUAGUGUGCGAAAAGUGUUUGAAUGCAGCUGCUGUGACAUCCGAAUUCCCAUGAGCUGAAGCAUAAAUGCAGCUUGUGGUUGUCAAACAAGCCUGUCAUGUGGACAGCGGAUGGCUUAGCAGUUCAUAGUCCUUCCUGCGCCAAUCUGUUGCUUUGCGUGCUGAGUGUAGAGAAUACAUGGACAGUGUGAAGAGCGUAAUGCCCAGACAACCCAGACUCUGUCACGACAUGGCCACGGUCCUUUUGGCCGCAGUGAGAAACAAGCAGACAUCACUUUCCACCCGAACAAUGCCCAGGUAUUCGGAAACUGCCGAUCCACGUCUGUGCAUUCAUGGCUGCAUGUCCCUGAGCCAUUUUUUGCAAGGGUUGUCAAGGGAUGCGGCAACCCAAACCCUGUUUCGCUCCUCAUUCUCCUCAUCAUCGUUUUUACUGCUGAAAAUGAGUACUCCUAAUAGUGAGUUCGAUACCAUUAUGUCCUAGAUGAUCCUGAUACACCGGUUCAGAAACAGAAAUGCACUGCUCUAGUAGGCGAUACUACAGCGGAGCUCGAUAGGU